UUCUGCCUCUGCAGGUGUUGGCCUCUUGAUGUCAUCCACAGGUAUCUGGUCUCGUGCCGAAAAGCCGGACGCGCUGGAAAGCACUCAGGCUGGCCUGCAGGUGCGAGUGCACAGAAUGGAGAAGGAGCUGGAUCUGCUGACCGCUGCCUUCCGGGCUUGGCUGGACUGGGGCGGUGAGCCGUCUGAAACCAUACGCCUCCCUCCCCCACCGACACCAGCCCACAUCAUCAAGCUGCUGGGCAAGGUAACCCUUCAGAGACUGGAGGAGCUUCGGGAAAUGCUGCCCUUCGAGUCGCUGGAGAGGGUGCAGGCUGACAUCGCCGCCAUCCAGCAGAUGCAUGAGGAGCGGACGGAGCCGGCGCUGCGGGCAGUUGGUUGCAAUACCAAGAUGUUGUUGCAGAAGGUGAAGGAAAUGGAAUCUGCUGUGGAAAGGUUGACAGAUGAACAGAAGCAGCUACUGACUGCACUGGCGCUGCUGGAGGAGCAGCUCAGCCAGACACGGCUGGAGCUGCAGAUUGCACGUGCGGGCCAGAAGGACGUGGACUCCAGCAUGCAAGCAUUGGAAAACAAAAUUAAAAGUAUGACUGAUGAGACGGCGUUGCUCCCACUGGUCCACAAGCUGCUCUUUGGUUCAUCACAAGAUAGCACAGGGGAACCACUGACAGCACAGCUGGUGAAGCGCAAGGAACUCGAGGCCCUCCUUGCUGCCUUGGAGAAGAAGAUCCUCUCAGAUGCAUCACUUUACCCUGGUCCUGCAAUGGAGACACACUCGGCAGCUGUCAGAGCAGGGAUUAUGAAGGAAGUGAAAAGCAUUGUGGAGCAAGCCUUGAAACUGUACAGCGCUGACAGGGUUGGAUUGGUGGAUUAUGCACUGGAAUCUGCUGGUGGCAGUGUGAUCCACACACGCUGCACAGAGACGUUAGAGACCAAGACUGCUCUUCUUAGUCUGUUUGGCUUUCCACUGUGGUACCAAUCUCGGUCACCCAGAGCUGUCAUUCAGCCGGAGGUUCAUCCUGGGAACUGUUGGCCAUUUAAAGGUUCCCAAGGCUUUGUUGUCAUCGAGCUUGCUGUCCGGAUCAGGCCUACAGCCUUUACCCUAGAGCACAUUCCCAGAUCCAUUUCUCCUAGUGGAUCAAUUAGAAGUGCCCCUCAAGACUUCUCUGUUUAUGGCUUGGAUGAUGAAAAUCAAGCCGAAGGGGUCCUAUUGGGACAAUACACGUAUAAUGAGGAAGGGGAUUCCAUCCAGACGUUUGAGGUGCAGAAUAAAGAUGCUGCCGUUUACAAAUUCACUGAACUGCGGGUGAAUAGCAACUGGGGCCAUCCAGAAUAUACUUGCCUCUACCGGUUCCGUGUCCACGGAGAACCAGCCAUGUGAUUCUGGAGCUCGGCUGCCCCGCACUCUACAACACGAACAACCUCUACGUAAUCUGAAUUCAAAGUUGAUUUCCAGCAACAAUGUCAAUUUCUGUCAUAAAUGUUUAUAGUGUUUUAAAUUAUUUAUAAUUAUUUUAUAUUAAAUAUAUUUAGAAUGAAACAUCC